CGAAAAUAUAUGUUAGAAUCAGUUGAGUUAUACAUGAAUGGGGUGCCAACAAACAAAGUUUGCACAGGCUGGGCCAUGUUAAUUUCAGCCUCUUUGAGCUAAAGCCCAUGUUCUCUCUCUCUUUUUGAGCAGACAGCAUCCAUUUCUAUUUACUCCAUCUUUCUCCCUUUUUAUAAACAGCACAGAUUCCUUCUUUAUUUCUUCCCCCAUUCCUAUUUCCAUUUGAUUCAUUUAAACCUUCUAUUUGUAAUGAGCAGCGAUAGCAAUAAACCCAUCUUCACACUUGUUUCGACGCCAUCACUAUGAAACACUCAAAACCAACAUCAUUCACAAACAAGAAGCAAGCCUAUGGACAAGAAUUACUCAAAUUGGGCACAGGCUGUGGCCACUGCUUGGUGUUUCAUGAUGUUGUUAGGCCUUUUGUGUUGUUGUCUAAGCACCAAUCCUCGCCACCACCACGACUCCUCCGCCGCUAAUUCUAGCUGCACUUGCGACGGCGGUUAUGCAGAAGAAGAAAAAGAGCAAUAAUCAAACAGAUGGGCACAAAGGUGGCCGGAAAUUCAGACCGCCGAGAGGACACGGAGGGAGAGCGGCAGGUGGUGGUUCCGGCUCUGGAAAUGGUAAUUUGGCUGUUCUGACUGAUCAUGAUGGUGGUGUUGCCUUGGCGGCGACGACGCUUGGUUUUGCGGUUGCUGCAGCUGCGUUAGUUGAUGCUGGGGAACAUGGCGGAAGCUGUGGUGGUGGAGAGUGCGGCGGUGGUGGCUGUGGUGGUGGUUGAGAUUGUGCCGGUGCGGCCGUUCAUCGAGAUCAUCCUCAUAGCCUUCUUUUUAUUGGCAUAUAUAAUAUAUUAUCGAGUAUUUUGUAUAUAACAAGAAUGGUGUAAUUAUUAUUACUUUAAUAUCUUGAUGUUCAACCCAAAUUUUUCUCACAAAUUAAAAAAUUAACUAAAUGAAUGUGGUUGGACAACAAAUUAUGUAUUAAGAAAAGGUAAAGAUCCGAAUUAUAAACUCAUUUUAUCAA